AACCCCAUAAAAGAGUUAUCAAUUUAGUAUAUGUUGACCUCUAGUUGGUAAUACUGGAUAUGGUGCAAUACCCACUUGUACUGUUGUUAUCAGCUGCUGUUGCUGUUGUCAGUACAAUUUAACGUUUCUGUGGUUUUUAAAUAUGUGAGUGUUCUCUCUAACCUGCAAGCUCAUGCAUUGUUUAACGUGCUCUACGUACUUCUACACACCGUAGAUGGUUUUUAUGUAAGCUCAUACAGUGCUCUGUUCAUAAUUGUGCUCUCAAACAAAACCACAUUGUUGCUAUGAACAAUGUAGACACUAUUCUACAGUUUUAAUGCACUGCUGUCCUAUGCAGAGGAUUCAAUGAAAUAGAGAAUAUCAGCUCAGAUAACCAAGUCAAUGUACAGCUCAUGUGAUCCAUAAAGAGGCAGCUCAGCUAAACAUCAAGGAGUAUCCAAACACCAGAGAGAGUAUUUGUUAUAUCCCUUAGCUCAUAAGGCGACAAUUGCGUUUUAAAUAUAUAAAUUAAUUAUUUAAAGGUUAUGUACUUUAUUUUAGGUUAAGUAUUAUCGGUCCACAUGAUCCUUAUAAGCUAUUGACGCCAACCGUUAAUUUAGGAGUGUCAUGGCGCAACAUUGGUAGCAGAGCGUGCUUAUAUUUUUUUUACGGAUUCUUUAAUUCUACAAAGUGUAAGGUAAUAUCUUUGUUAUAUUUAUUCUUUCCUUUUAUUGCUCAAUAAAGCUCCUUUUUUUGUUGCUCUACAGUUAGAAAAAAUAUAUUAAUUUUUUUGUGUUAGCUCUUUAAAUUGAAACUUAACCUUAAAAGGUUUGGGGUGUUAAUUUUUUGACUCUUAUUAUAAGGGGAGCAUACUUAUGUUUUUUUAUUAAUUUUAAUUGAACAGUGAAGUAUUAAUUACGGUUAUUAUAGAUUUAUAUGUUAACUUUAUGAUUUAAUUUAGUUAAGUUUAUGGUUUAAAGAAACGUGUUUUGCUUGGUGAGUGCUUUGAGCGUUGCUCGCACAAUUUAUUGUUGGAUCACUCUUUAGCCAUUUUUUCUUUAUUUGGUCAUUAUAAUUUGUUUGAUUUGAUUAAUUAGUUUGGUUUUUAUUGUUUGAAUAUUUUGUUGGUUUUACCUUUAUUGGUUAGUUUUUGUCUUUGUUUUUUUUUUUUUUUCUUUUUUAAUGUGAUUGUUUAAUCACUUUAGAGAUUUAAGUAAUUUUAGUUGGUUCUACUUGUCUAUAUAGUCUUUAUUGGUUUAUAAUCAUCUAGAUUUCUUUUAGCGGUUUAUUAUUUUAUAAAUUUUUAUUUUUUCACAUUUUAUUAUUUAUCAUGGCUGAUGAUAAAAGAGAUUUAAGAGCUAAGCAACGUGCCACAGCUAAAAGAGAAGCUGCUGCUGCUCAUAUUCACUGCAUUUAUAAUUUGGCUGUGGGUGUAAAAGAAGACCUUGAUCAAUACAGACAUUUAAAGGUAGCUAUAGGUGAUCUAGACUAUUGGUGGAAGGCCUUUUCUACUGAAAAUGAUGCAUUGUUGGAUGCUAUGAUAGACUUGGGGGAGAUUGAUGAAUUUUCUCAUAACACAGAAUUGGCUGUGCAUAAAGAAAUUAUUGAAAUUAAAGCUAUUGCCCUUAAAGCUGAUUCAGCAUGUGUUCCUGUGCUUUCUGCAAACUUAUUAGACCAAUCAUCUGUUGAACUUCCUGUGCACCCCCCUGUCUUGGAUGUGCUUUCUACAAUGUCCACUAAUGCUGGUUCUGAAAUAGUUGCAUGCAAUUCUCAAUUGCCCAAUAUGCCUUUACCAAAAUUUGAUGGCGAACUACGCAAUUGGCCAGAUUUUCGUGACCGUUUCAAGUCCUUAGUCGAUAAGCGACCUACACUCUCAAAUGUUGACAAAUUCUAUUAUUUGUUAAGCUGUCUCCAAGGGGAUCCUUCUGAAUUGUUAAAAGGGAUUACUGUAUCAGAUGAAACCUAUGCUAUUGCUUGGUCUACAUUAGUUGAUCAAUAUGAUAAACCUAGGCAACUAGCUGCUAGCAUUAUUGAAAAUAUGUUAAAAGCCUCUAUUGGCACUUCAGAAAAUGUUGCUAGCCUUAGACAGUUUAUUCAUACAUUUGAUGAAGGUAUUGCUACACUAUUGUCCAUGAGGAUACCAGAUCUCGGUUCAUUUCUUCUAUUUUCUAUUGCAGCUCGGUGUUUACCUACUCAUAGUAGACGGUUAUUUGAAGCAGAAAAUAGUCUAGAGUAUCCAGUGGUUCAGGAUAUCAUUAAAUUUGUUAAAAAUCGAAUCAAAAUUUUAGAAAAUGCCGGGAUAGCUCCUUCUAAUUCAGGGGUCUCUAAAAAACCAGUUGGUAAUUUUGCUCAAAAACCGAAUUACCAGUCACAGCAUGAGAAACGUGUUGCUUUCCUUUCAACUGCUAAGGGUCAGCGACUCCCUAUACAAAAACCAGCCAGCUCAGGUAAAUGUUUUUGCUGCUCAGCUUACCAUGUUCUUCAAGAUUGUCCACAAUUUAAUAAGCUGUCUAUUGAUGAACGGUAUGAUAUUGCUUGUAAACAUAGAUUGUGCCUUGUCUGUUUUGCUGAGGGUCAUAUGUCGUAUAAAUGUCCAUCAGCAUGCUCGAUCUGUUCUCGCCGCCAUCAUGCUCUUUUACACAGAGACCAGCCUCGGUCACAACCAGUUGCUGGACCAUCUCAAGCAGCCAUGUUAGGAAGACUUCAAAUACCUUCUAUACUAUUAGGUACUGCCAUAAUUUGUGUUCAGGACAUAGCCGGUAAUAAUCACUUAAUUCGAGCUUUAAUUGAUCCUGGCUCUCAGAUCACCGCUCUAACAUUAAAUUGUUGUAACAAACUCGGCUUUCGGCCAUCUCGUUGGACUAUUCCUGUUACUGGUUUAUCUAGCCAAAAGAUUCCAGAUAUAAGUGGUUCUGUAGAAGUACUUAUUGGACCAAAAGAUAUACAGUCUCCUAAAAUUAAAAUUAAAGCGUGGGUUAUUAGCUCAAUAACUACAAAUAUGCCAUCUCAACAGUUACCAUCUCAAGUUCGGGCUGAAUGUAAACACUUAUCUCUGGCCGACCCAUCAUUUGAUACACCAGCUCCUGUUGAUCUACUUUUAGGUGCAGAUAUAUUCCCACAGAUAUGGAAUAAUGAUAAUAUUCAGUUAGGGCCUGGUCUACCAUCCGCUUACAGCUCGGUAUUCGGAUGGGUCCUAAUUGGUCCUGUUCAGCAAUCAUUAGAAAUUUUCCCUCAAUCAUUAGCCGUUACAUUAUCUACUUCUAUUGAGUCAUUGAUGGAAAGAUUCUGGAAUAUUGAAGAACCAGCAGCAGCUCCUCUUGAUUUCACUGAAGAUGGGCAGUGUGAAACUAUUUUUAAUUCAGAGAUGUACAGAAAUUAUGCAGGUCAAUAUUUUGUUCCUUUACCUUUUCGCUCUGACAGCUCAGAUAGAUUGUUCCCUGGUAUGCAUGAAGUUGCUCUGCGGCGAUUUUAUCAGCUAGAACGCAAGCUCUUGCGCGACCCAAUACUGCACAAUGCUUAUAGAGCAUUCAUGAGAGAAUAUGAAGAGUUAGGUCACAUGUCACGUUCAGAAGAGUCCGGUGAUUAUUUUAUCCCUCAUCAUGCAGUUCAUAAGUUAGUGGGUGACGAGCUAAAAUUAAGAGUGAUUUUUGAUGCAUCUGCAAAAUGUCAGGCUGGAUAUUCACUUAAUGAUAGGUUGUAUGUAGGGCCUAAACUUCAGCAAGAAAUCAUAGAUGUGUUAACUGGGUUUAGGGUUCAUAAGUUUGUUUUUACCACUGACAUUUGCAAAAUGUAUAGGCAAAUAUGGCUUCAUGAUAAAUACCAUGGUUAUCAGCACAUUUUGUGGAGGGAUUAUGCCCAUGAACAGGUAAAAGAAUAUACACUUCACACUGUUACCUAUGGUGUAAAUUGUGCUCCAUAUUUAGCUCUAAGAGUAUUACAACAUAUUGCUGACAAUGAGUGUGAUGAUUUUCCUGCAGUUCAACAAACUUUGCGUUAUCAAACAUAUAUGGAUGAUAUCUGUGCUGGUGCAGAAUCAAUUGUAGCUGCUAAAAUUUUAAGAAAUAAUUUAAUAGAAGUGUUGGCAAGAGUGGGUCUCUCACUUAGGAAGUGGUCAAGUAAUUGUGUGGACCUCUUGGAUGACUUAUUAGAUGAAGAUUGUGCAUGCAAUCCUCUGGCUUUUGAUCGUGGCGAUGGAAUUCAUGUUUUAGGCAUGGAAUGGAUACCUGAUACCGAUUGCUUUACUUAUGAUAUAAGUGCUAUAAAGUGUGUUCCCACAAAGCGAGGAGUACUUUCGGUAAUUGCUAGGAUUUUUGAUCCUUUAGGGUUUUUGGCUCCUAUGUUAUUUUAUGCCAAAUGUUUAUUGCAGCAACUGUGGAAGGCAAAGUUAACUUGGGAUGAUCCGUUGACGACAGAUAUAGCUGAAGAGUGGUAUAAGUUUGUCAGUUCUCUUGGCUGUAUAACAUCAAUCCGAGUCCCUAGGUACAUUGGAGCUGCACUGGGAAAUUCUUAUGUAAUUUGUGGAUUUUGUGAUGCUUCUGAAAAGGGCUAUGCUGCUGUAGCUUAUCUUAGAGUAAUGGAUUCUGCUCAGAAUGUAUAUUUAUACCUGCUCGGGUCUAAAACAAAACUGGCUCCAAUGAAAUCUUCUACAAUCCCUAGACUAGAGUUAUGUGGUGCUGUUAUAUUAGCAAUAUGGUUAGCGCGUCUUAAGAAAAUUUUAGAAACCCAUUUAGGUUCUCUUAAUGUCUAUGCUUGGUCUGACUCAACAAUUGUUUUAUCUUGGUUGCUCAAUCCACAUGUUUCUUUAAAACCAUUUGUUUCAAAUCGUGUCAAUCAAAUCCAUAAGCUGCUCCCUGAUUGUCAUUGGGCUCAUAUCUAUUCAGAGGAAAACCCUGCAGACUGUGCUUCACGUGGCUUGUCACCAUCUGAACUUCCUAACCAUAAAUUAUAUUGGAAGGGUCCAGCUUUUUUAAAGAAACCAGUAGUUGAAUGGAAUUUACAUUGGGAAUCUAUGCCAACCAGUCUGUUGCCCGAUAUUCAACAAGUUAAUGUUCAAUCCUUCAACAUUCAAGUCCAGGUUGAAUGGUACAGUGGAUUUUCUUCUUAUAUACAUUUACUUCGUGUUGUUGCUUGGAUAAGACGCUGGGUGCCAAAAGGAAGAAAAGUUAAUGUCAAUGAAACAUUUUUAACAACUACAGAAAUAAAUAAUGCUCUUGUUGCAGUGGUAAAAGAAUCACAAAAUUGUCAAUUUGCUGUACUAGUGCAAGAGCUGUCCAGAGGGAAACCAAUUAGUUCCAGACAUUUGGCUCAAUUGUGUCCAUUUAUUGAUACAGCUGGGAUAGUAAGAGUAGGAGGUCGCCUGCGAAAUGCUAAUUGCUCAUAUGAAAGAAAACAUCCAAUACUCUUGUCCAAGGAUUCUCAUUUAGUGUUAUUGAUUGCUCAACAUUGGCAUUUAUUUGCUUGUCAUGCCGGUUCGCGAUUGCUCACCUCUCUUAUUCAAAAACAAUUUUGGGUUGUAGGUAUUCGUAAGAUUGUAUAUAAAGUUAUAAAAGAUUGCUCUAUCUGUGUAAAAUUAGCUGCUGUAAACCCCCAGCCUCGAAUGGCUGAUCUGCCAACUCCCAGAGUUCAAGGAUGCAGGGUCUUUGCAGAUGUCGGAAUAGACUAUGCUGGUCCAUUACUAAUGAAAGAAUUAAGUUUGAAGAAGGCCAGGGAAUUUAAAGUUUAUAUUGCCUUAUUUAUUUGUAUGUCUACUAAAGCAGUACACUUAGAAGUGGUUUUAGAUUUGUCCACCAAAGCAUUUAUGGCAGCCAUGGAUCGAUUUGUUUCCCGAAGGGGUCUACCAGUCUCGAUCUACUCUGACUGUGGCACAAACUUCAUUGGAGCAGCGAAUCAUCUUCAUCAACUUGUUAAUGACCCGGCUAAUAGAGAUCAGAUCACAAAGAAUAUCCAUUGUAUAUGGCAUUUUAACCCCCCUAGUGCUCCUCACUUUGGUGGUCUCUGGGAGGCAGCUGUAAAAUCUACCAAGUCCUUGUUGGUUAGAACAAUGGGGUCUCAUAUUUGGACGUUAGAGGAAUUCUGUACUCUUCUGUGUCGAGUAGAAGCAGCUCUGAAUUCUAGACCACUCACACCAUUGACUUCAGAUCCAAAUGACUUAGAUUGUCUCACUCCUGGUCAUUUUAUUAUUGGUCAAACAUUAUUAGCAGUGCCUGAGGAGUCAGUGUUGAAUAGUCCAGUUGAUUUGAGAAACCGUUGGAAGCUCUUACAACAAACAUUUCAAUCUUUCUGGAAAAGAUGGUCUUCUGAAUAUUUGAGUACACUCCAAGCUCGUGGAUGUUGGUUAAAAUCUCAAGAAAAUGUAAAAUUGGGUGCAAUGGUGGUACUGAAGGAUAACAGCUUGCCCCCAUUGAAAUGGAGAUUGGGUCGGAUAAGUGAGCUACUACCUGGAAGUGAUGGUGUGGUACGCGUUGUCAGGGUGCUCACCAAGCAGGGAGUAAUUGUUAGGCCAGUAGUUAAAUUAGUUUUAUUACCUACCAAUUAAAUUCGAAAUCUUUAUUUUAAUUUUGAUUUAGCUUAAUUAGCCAGAA